UCUCUCGUCAACGGUGCAGCGUUAUCGGGCCAAGCUGUCAUCCACGUCCCAUCCUCUCCAGCAGACAACCGUGUUUUUCCCAGCCGUACACGGCGGGCCUCGGUGAGACUCUCAGAGGGCCGUACGCUCAACAUACCUCCUGUGAUUUCCAAAGCGAAGAAUUGUCUUUUAUCGAGGGAUUGUGUCUGCAGAUAGAAGAGGGCGGAAGAUGAAGUUGGACAGAGGUUGGAUGUGGCGCGUGCUGCUCCUGACCUCCCUGGCUGUGGCAGCUGUGGCGGCCCAGGACCAGCAGGUGGAGGGUGACGUUUCGGACAUCGAUGAAGAUAUGGGCCUGGAUGACGAGGAAUUAAAUGUUCUGAUGGCAGAAGAGGAGGAGGAAGAGGAGGAGGAGGAGGCGACGGUGAUGGAUGAAGACCACACUGAUGAGACAGAGACAGCGAGUGGGAAGGCUGGCGAGGCUGGAACGGAUGCAAAUGUCUCCUUCCAGGUAACGUACAAGACUCCUGUCCCCACUGGAGAUGUCUACUUUGCAGAGACGUUUGACGAUGGAUCACUGGACAGAUGGCAGCUGUCAAAGACGGUGAAGGGGGACACAGAUGAUGACAUUGCCAAAUAUGACGGGAAGUGGGCUGUGGAGCAGUUGAAGGAGAACAAAGUUCCAGGAGACCUGGGUCUGGUGCUCAAGUCCCGGGCCAAACACCACGCAGUCUCUGCAAUGCUGAACAAACCCUUUGUCUUCCAGGAUGAACCUCUGGUCUUACAGUAUGAGGUGAAUUUCCAGGACGGUAUUGACUGUGGUGGAGCGUACAUCAAACUGCUUUCAGACACUGGCAAUCUCAAUCUGGAGCAAUUCCAAGACCGUACACCCUACACCAUCAUGUUUGGACCAGACAAGUGUGGCGAGGACUACAAGCUGCACUUCAUCUUCCGCCACCAGAAUCCUCUGAACAAAGACUUUGAGGAGAAGCAUGCCAAGAGGGCCGAUGUCGACCUCAAGAAGUUCUAUACUGACAAGAAGACUCACCUCUACACUUUGGUCCUGAACCCAGACAACAGCUACGAGAUGUUAAUUGACCAGUCCAGCGUGAGCCGUGGCAGCCUUCUGCAUGACGUGGUGCCUCCAAUCAACCCCCCCAAAGAGAUCGAUGACCCAAAUGACUCCAAGCCUGACGACUGGGACGAGAGGGCCAAGAUUCCUGACCCUGAGGCUGUCAAGCCCGAUGACUGGGAUGAAGAUGCCCCAGCAAAAAUUGAUGACCCUGACGCUUUGAAGCCAGAGGGCUGGCUGGAUGAUGAACCAGAGUUUGUCCCCGACCCUAAUGCUGAGAAACCAGAAGACUGGGACGAGGAGAUGGAUGGUGAGUGGGAAGCCCCGCAGAUUCCUAACCCAGCCUGUGAGACCGCUCCUGGCUGUGGGGAGUGGAAGCGUCCCAAGAUCAACAACCCUCAGUACAAGGGCAAGUGGAAAGCCCCUCUGGUGGACAAUCCCAACUAUCAGGGAGUCUGGAAGCCGCGCAAGAUCGAUAACCCAGACUAUUUUGAGGACCUGCAGCCCUUCAGGAUGGCACCUUUCAAGGCUCUGGGCUUGGAGUUGUGGUCCAUGACCUCAGAUAUCUACUUCGACAACUUCAUUAUCACCUCUCACAAAGAGGUGGCCGACCGCUGGGCCUCUGACAGCUGGGGGCUGAAGAAACUGGUGGCCAGCGCUAACGAGCCGGGGAUUUUCGCUCAGCUGAUGUUGGCAGCAGAGGAACGACCGUGGCUCUGGGUGAUCUACAUACUGACAGUUGGCCUGCCUGUAGGACUGGCUGUGCUCUUCUGCUGGCCAAAGAAAUCAGAUGACGACUACGUGUACAAGAAGGUGGACCCUCCCCAGGCUGAUAUAGAAGAAGAGGAAGAGGAGGAGGAGGAAGAAGAGGAGGCAGCAGCAGAUGAGGAAGACAAAGCAGCUGAGGCUACAGACGGAGCAGCAGCUGCAGCAACAGAAGAAGCUGAGGAGGAAGAGGAGGAAGAAGAGGAAGAAGAGGAAGAAGAAGAAGAGGAGGAAGAAGAGGAGGAGGGAGCCGAUGCAGGAGGUGACAAUCUAGAGGGGGAUGAGGACGAGGAGGAAGAGGACGAGGAGGAAGAGGAUGAGGAGGAAGAGGAGGAAAGCAAAGCUCCCGAGAGAACAUUAGAAGAUGAGCCGAAGGAGGGUAGAGACGUCACCGAAGAGAGCCACAAACAAGCUGUGAGAAAGAGGAGGGUACGGAAAGACUAAGGAAGUGAACCCCACGCCUACUGUCUCCUUUCUCCCCCGGUGCGGAGGAGGUGGAAGGGCCGUCUCCGCCACUGCUCCCCGUUCUCCAAGCGGUGCAGCACGUAUUUCCCUCCAAACCACCUGGUAGCCUGCAGUCACCCCGGCUGCCCCAUCCACGUCUCCUCCAUGCCUCAGCUACACUCAUCACAGGUUUGCACUCUCCCAAACCACACCCCGUUAUCACCCCACGUCUUGUCUCUCCCUCCCGUCUGCUCAUUGAACUAUCAGAUGAACCCCCUGGAGAUUUUGUGCAUUUAGCUGUGUUUUCCUCCUCCAUCCUGAGCUUCCACGCUUUUUUCUUCACCCGUCUUCUCUUCUCUAAGCCAUUGCUGUCUACCUGCCUGUCAGGCCUGAAAUUCCACCUCUCCCACCUCUGUUCCUGUUCACCCCGUCUCUGCUGUCAGUUUUCUCUCUGAUUUAUAUGCCGUCAUAGAUCUACCCGUCUGUCUCCUGUGAGAGUGAAGGCAGCAGAGAGCGUCUGCACUGCUGUCGACUCCAGUUGUUCACACCAUUUUACAGCAUAUCAUAGGGGCUACAUCUCAGAAACAUAGACUUUAUUCUCGUGUCCUUUGUUUUAAAGAACAUGUUCAAGGACACAGUUUGACAAAGUUCCUUCCUUGUUCGAAAUUGUUGGGGUUCCAAGAACAGGCCAGGAGGAGAGGACGCCAGGCUGUUUAAAAUGUCACUGCAGUGUCAGGGCAUUUCAGCUGAUAAGACGCCUCAGCUUAGGUUUAAAAGUUUACCUCUUUAAAAAAAAAAUGGAUGUUCUGUUUAGAUUAUAGGUAGUUUGUAAGGAGCAUCAGUUACUUUUAUGUGUGUUUUUUACUAAGUUAUAGCACUGAUAACCCUAUUUAUUGGUUUGUUUUAAAAUGGUUUUAUGCCAGUAUGAAUAAAGAUUUAUUGAUGCAGUGUUUUGAGUGACUUGAGGCAAUUUUCUUAAAUAUAUGCCACUGAUGUGCUUCUUCUCAGUCUAGGUAAAGUUAAAUAUGAUCAGAGUUAAUGAUCAAAACACUGACGCGGUCAGCGCUUGCAGCAAAAAUAGGUAAUUUUGAAUGCCUUGACCAUCGGUUGUCAAUAAGAGUAUAAAGAUGUGAAAACGUCUCAUUCAGUCAGUACACAGCAGUGCUUUCCCAGAAUGUCUAGCUGGAGUUCAGAGCCUAGAUUGUUGCCUGGGGAAGACAUUGAUGCUAAUUUAUUUGUUUUAUAUUAUUGUCUCAAGCUUUUGUAGUUCAUGUUCUUGCCAGAUGCUGGCAGAUAUUCCUGUUUACAUUUGUUUGCAAAUUGUACAUUGCUCUUGAAAAUAAAAUUAUUUAAUACAAAA